AUGUAUCUCGCAAACUUUCUUCUCCUGGCAAUCAUGGGUUCUAGCCUUGCAAAUCUCUUGAAGCGUGUCACAUCAUUUGAUAUUCAGCUGCUCUCUACGAGCCUCUAUUCAAACAAUAGUCUUGGAGUCAUUGAGUUCACAGUGCAGGAUACAAACAACAAUUUGGGGGAUCUGUGCUAUCUUUUUUGGAACCCAAGCAGCGAAGUGCAACCCGACAUAGAAUUCAAUAAAUGCGUCCACAAUAACUUCGGAUUCGGAAUUCGGUAUGGAUUGCAAAUUGAGAACUUCGUGCUGGAUUUGAAGCAGGUGAAUGCAGGACAAACUGUAUACCAGGUGAUUGAUUCAGGCGCCAACAGUUCCAUUUGGACUUGCUUGAAGGGUUUGGAGGAGGGGAUUAAAGAGCGGUGUCAUUACCAGGGAGAGUUGAGUAUUGGACUCUGA